AUGCAAAUUCUACUUGCUGUAACGCUUCUUCUCAUUCAGACUAUCUCCGCACUCACUCCGGCGGAAUGGCGGUCUCAAUCAAUUUACUUUUUGUUGACUGAUCGAUUUGGACGUUCUGAUAAUUCAACCACAGCUGCUUGUGAUGUUACAAACAGGGUUUAUUGUGGCGGAAGCUGGCAAGGAAUCAUCAAUCAUUUGGACUAUAUCCAAGGCAUGGGAUUCACCGCCAUCUGGAUAACCCCAGUGACUGAACAGCUCGAUGGCAAUACCGGUGAUGGUGAAGCCUAUCAUGGCUACUGGCAACAGAAAAUAUAUGAGGUCAACUCAAACCACGGCACUGCUGCUGACAUCCUGGCUCUUUCCAAGGCCCUACACGCUCGGGGGAUGUACCUGAUGGUGGAUGUCGUGGCAAAUCAUAUGGGAUACAAUGGCGCGGGGAAUACGGUUGAUUACAGUGUUUUCAAUCCCUUCGACUCGUCCUCAUAUUUUCAUUCGUAUUGUCUGAUAAGCGACUAUUCUAACCAAGCCAAUGUUGAGGACUGUUGGCUGGGAGAUACCACGGUUUCUUUGCCUGAUGUAAACACUGAGCUAUCUUCAGUCCAGACAAUCUGGUACGACUGGGUUUCCGCUCUAGUUUCAAACUACUCUAUCGACGGGCUACGAAUCGACACAUUGAAACAUGUUGAAAAGUCCUUCUGGCCGGGCUAUAACAGUGCGGCAGGCGUAUAUUGUGUUGGAGAGGUUUUCUCUGGCGACCCAGCCUACACAUGUCCCUACCAAAGUUACCUAGAUGGAGUCUUAAACUACCCCAUCUACUAUCAAUUACUUUACGCAUUCGAGUCUUCCAGUGGUAGCAUCAGUGAUUUGUACAACAUGAUUAGUUCAGUUGCUUCGGAUUGCUCCGAUCCCACUUUGCUCGGCAACUUCAUUGAAAACCAUGAUAACCCUCGAUUUGCCUCAUACACGAGUGACUAUUCGCAAGCAAAGAACGUCAUUUCCUUCCUCUUUCUUUCAGAUGGUAUCCCGAUCAUCUACGCCGGUCAAGAGCAGCACUAUAGCGGAGGCAGUGAUCCUGCGAAUCGCGAAGCGACCUGGCUUUCUGGCUACUCAACAACUGCUGUUCUAUAUCAAUAUAUUGCAACGACCAACAAAAUCCGCAGUCUGGCCGUUUCUUCAGACUCUUCUUAUAUAACUUCCAAGAACGCCCCAUUCUAUCAAGAUAGUCACACGAUUGCCAUGAAGAAAGGAUCAAGUGGAUCUCAAGUUAUAACAGUUCUUUCCAACUACGGCUCGUCUGGCAGCUCCUAUACCCUCAGUCUCAGCGGCAGUGGAUACUCUUCCGGCACUGUGCUCAUGGAAAUGUACACUUGCACAUCCGUAACUGUUGACUCAAGUGGCAAUAUUCCAGUUCCAAUGGCAUCUGGUCUACCUCGCGUUCUCAUGCUGGCUUCUGUUGCAACUAGUAGUGGCCCGUGUGCAUCUUCAGGUUCCACUACAACGACUACUACCUCCAAAUCAACUGCUAGCACCACAACCUCAUCUUGCACCCAGGCUACAGCACUACCAGUACUUUUCAAAGAAAUCGUGACUACUUCGGUUGGACAGCAAAUUUAUCUGUCUGGUUCGAUCAGUCAGUUGGGUAGCUGGGACACCAGUAGUGCGAUUGCACUUUCUGCCGAUCAGUAUACCUCUUCAAACCAUCUUUGGUAUGUUCAGGUUACGAUUCCAGUCGGAUCGUCCUUCGAAUAUAAAUUCAUUGAAGAGACAACUGGGUCCUCGUCGGUGACCUGGGAAAGUGAUCCUAAUCGCUCGUACACCGUGCCUACGGGCUGUUCGGGCUCAACAGCUACAGUGACAGCAACAUGGAGAUAA